AUGAGGGAUCGCUUUAUUCCUCACAAUUUCAAGCAAAGCCAAUAUGUGAAGUGGAGCACUUUGCAACAAAAUGGAGAAUCGGCUGAGGACUACAUCAAAGAGUUUGACAGACUUUCUAUCGUGUGUGAAAUCACGGAGAAUGAAGAACUCAAGAUGGGACGUUUCGUGGCUGGGUUGGAUCAAGAGUUGCAAGAAAAACUUGAAGGUUACACCAAUUUAACCUUUGCUGAAGCUUGCAAAUUUGUGAUCAAGUUUGAUUCAAAAAGGAAGAAGAAAAAGCCGAUUGUCACCCCUCAAGUGGCACGAAGACCAACCUUCCCUGUCAAGGAUGGUUCUUCUUUUGUCAAAGCCAAUGAUCCACCUAAGAAGGACAAGAAAGAUUUCAAAAUGAGUGACAUUGUUUUUUACAAGUGCGGAGGAAGGGGCCAUUUUAAGAAGGAUUGUCCAAAUUCCAGAGCUUUGACCAUACAAGAGGUAAAGCUUAUUGCUAAUCAAACUAUCAAUUGGGAGGAUUUCGAGGUUGAAGAAGUGGAGGACGUGAAUUCUAAUGAAGGGGACAAGGAGGAAGAACAAUGCUUCCCCAAAGAAGAGCCCAAAACAAAUCUGGUUGUGAGAAGGGCGUUGCAAGCUCGCGUUGACGAACCCUUAGCACCGCAAAGGCAACACAUUUUCAUCACCAAGUGCAAGAUUAAAGGCGAGGUAUGUGAUUUAAUUGUUGAUGGUGGUAGUGAGGCAAACACAGUUUCCAAAACCUUGAUAGCUAGACUUGGUCUUACAACGAAAAAUCACCCACAUCCUUAUAAGUUGAGUUGGUUGGACUCUAAUUCUAGCACGGGAGUUAGGAAACAAUGCAUGGAAUUUGAGAGGGAAAUUGAUGGUGAGGAGGAAUUAUACUUGUUGUACUCUAAAGAGAUCCACGAAAAUUUUGUGAGGCAAAAUCCCAAAUUAGCUCAGUUGAUUAAGGAUUUUGAGGAUGUUUUUCCCGAUGAGUUACCGAAAGAGUUACCACCUUUGAGGGGAAUUGAACAUCAAAUUGACCUCAUUCCGGGUGCUCCUUUGCCUAACAAACCUGCCUAUAGGUGUAAUCCCUUGGAAACUAAGGAAUUGCAACGACAAAUUGAGGAGUUGAUGAGUAUGGGGUUUCCAAUUCCAAGACUAGAUGACAUGCUUGAUGAACUGAGUGGCUCGAAGUGGUUUUCAAAAGUGGAUUUGAGGAGUGGUUAUCAUCAAAUUCGGAUGAGGAAAGGAGAUGAAUGGAAGACCGCUUUCAAAACCAAGCACGGCUUGUAUGAGUGGCUCGUGAUGCCAUUUGGACUCACCAACGCACCUAGCACUUUCAUGAGGUUGAUGAACGAGGUGUUGCGGCCUUUCCUUGGCAAAUUCGUGGUGGUGUACCUUGAUGAUAUCCUUAUUUAUAGCAAAGAUGGGGAUGAACAUUUGAUACAUUUAUUUAAAGUUUUUACGGAGAAGCACGUUGUUCUACUUGUCAAAGGGCAAAGAUGGUGUUUCAAAAAGGUCUUUACAAGCCAUUUCCAAUUCCGGAGAGACCUUGGGAAGACAUAA